AUGUUCAGGACACUUGCAAAGGUACCACUUCGCCGUUGUCUCCAUACGUCGUCGCCGCGUUCAACGGCAGUCGCACGUCCCAGUCGCGUCAUCAUAGCAGGCUCGGCAGCGGUCGCAACGUACCUUACAUGGCGGACGCUGUACGGGGAGAACGUCGCGUUAGACUCUGUCGCAUCUCCUUCGACGUCGUCCUCGCUGGUUGAGAAGGCUACCCUCACACCCGAGACUGUCUCUAAGUCGCAUCCACCGACUACCGCACAAGAAGCCACGUUGGACGAGUCCCCUGUUGAGCCAGAUUCGACGCCGACUACUGCGCAGCCCGAGGAGGGUGAAGCGGAUGAGGCAGACGCUGGCAGCGGCGGCGCCUUCAACCCUGUAACAGGGGAAAUCAACUGGGACUGCCCGUGUCUCGGCGGUAUGGCGUACGGACCCUGCGGCCUCCAGUUCCGGGAGGCAUUUUCGUGCUUCGUCUACUCCGAGAAGGAGCCGAAAGGCAUCGACUGUGUCGAAAAAUUCAAGGCAAUGCAGAGCUGUUUCAGGGAUCAUCCUGAGGUGUAUGGGGACGAUAUAAUGAAUGACGACGAUGACGAGGAUUCCACUCCGCUGGCCGGCGAUUCGCCGGUCGGUGGACAGACAACUGAGGCGUCUCAAGCAACUCUCGAGUUAGAGCCGCAAACAGAGUCGUCCUUGUCUUCGGCUCCGGCAGCAUCAUCCUCGUCUGAGUGA